AUGGGCCGCGAGUUCGGGAACCUGGUACGGAUGCGGCAUGUGAUCACCUACAGCCUGUCGCCCUUCGAACAGCGCGCCUUCCCUCACUAUUUCAGCAAGGGGAUCCCCAACGUGCUGCGCCGCACCCGGGCGUCCAUGAUGCGGGUCUUGCCCCCAUUUGUAGUGUUUUACCUUGUCUACACAUGGGGCAACGAGGAGUCUGAGAAAUCUAAAAGGAAGAAUCCAGCUGCCUAUGAAAAUGACAAGUGA